GGAAAGGUCGGGUCCGGAAGCGAAGUGCAGCGGAGGCAAGCCGAGAGCGCGCCCAGCGGCAGCGCAGCGAACUGCGUUGCCUCGGCAGUGGCGCUCACAGUAGUCGCCUUCUGGCUGCACGUAAAUAGUCUCUCGCCUGCGGACGCUGAGAGCAUCGACCGAGCCCGGUGCCCAUCGCCCGUGCUGCAGCUUCAUCAUCAUUCCCUCCCUCCCUCCUCCUCCUCGUCUCCUCUUCUCCUCCUCCUCCUCCUCCUUUCUUCCUCGUCGUCGUCGUUGCACCGGCGCGCUCACGACCCUAGGGUCGUUUCUCAGCUCUCGUGUCCCUGCCUGCUGCCGCUGCGCAGCGCGACGAGAUCGGCUCUUGACAAUGGGAGUUGCGAUGUUGCAGCGCCACAUGGUUGGGAUCGCGGCGUUGGACAGGGGGAGCUGCCCCGCAAUCAAAGGAUGCGGUGUUAGUCCUCUAGCCGUAGCCAAGCCCACGUGUGGGUUCCGCCGGUCUGGUCACUUGCAGUUGAAAUCCGAAGGGUUGGGUAAAUCUUUCGCUCUCAUCAAUCUUUCACAAAAAUCACAUUUGACUGGCCGAUCGCUUGGUCUGAGUCUUAAUAGUCGCUUCGAUGGGUCGCGGAAUGAAAAGUCGGGAUUGAGAAUUGAAGCCAAGGCAUACGAUGCCGCUGGUGGUAAGGAAGAAUUUGUGGAGCCUGCGGCCGAGCUCAGUCCCGAAGACGUCAAGAAAGCUUCCGCUCAGAGGUUGAAGAUAGGGAUUUACUUCGUGACGUGGUGGACGUUGAACGUGGUCUUCAACAUUUACAACAAGAAAGUUCUGAAUGUGUUUCCUUUCCCUUGGUUGACAUCUACAUUGUCACUUGCUGCCGGUGUCGCAAUCAUGGCCGUUUCAUGGAUCACUGGACUUGCGGAGAAACCCGAUGUCGACUUUGAUUUCUGGAAGGCCCUCGCACCGGUUGCUUUGGCCCACACCAUUGGGCAUGUUGCAGCGACCGUCAGUAUGUCCAAAGUGGCAGUUUCAUUUACGCACAUUAUCAAGAGUUCCGAGCCAGCUUUCAGUGUCAUCGUUCAACGGCUCCUCUUCGGUCAGAGUUACCCUGGCUCUGUCUACUUCUCCUUGCUCCCUAUCAUCGGAGGUUGCGCUUUGGCUGCCGCAACUGAGCUGAACUUCAAUAUGGUCGGAUUUAUGGGAGCCAUGAUUUCCAACAUUGCGUUUGUUUUUAGAAACAUCUUCUCAAAGAAGGGAAUGGUUGGUAAAUCCGUUGGAGGAAUGAAUUACUACGCCUGCCUCAGCAUUCUGUCCCUCGUGUUUCUUACUCCCUUCGCUAUCGCCAUGGAGGGACCUCAAAUGUGGGCUCUUGGCUGGAAGGAUGCUCUCACCGCAAUUGGCCCCAACUUUGUCUGGUGGGUUGCUGCACAAAGUGUGUUCUAUCACCUGUACAACCAGGUUUCGUACAUGUCUUUGAACGAGAUCUCUCCGCUGACAUUCAGUAUCGGUAACACGAUGAAGAGGGUUAGUGUGAUUGUAGCUUCAAUCAUAAUCUUCCACACCCAAGUGCGACCCAUCAACGCCGUUGGUGCAGCCAUUGCCAUCUUCGGAACAUUCUUGUAUUCUCAGGCCAAACAGUAGAGAAAGGUACAGCCGAAAGCUGACUGUGACUCUAUUUACUCAAACGUCGGUCAUUGGCUUACUUCCUCGGACAUUUUCACUUCAGUCAUCUGGUGCAGCUCUCUUCUUGCAGCCAAAGAACUAUUCAGGUUAAUCCAGCGAAGGGAGGAAGAGUUGGUGAAGCAAAAGGCCUCAAUAAUGUUCGAAUAGGCUUUGGAUUAGAAUACUCCCUUUGUCAACCCAUGGAGCAGUCGAGAAGGAAUUAGAAUGAGCUUCGGUUCCUGCCCAUAGAAAAUUUUUCGGCUUUGGUUGUUUGAGGAGCACUGAAGGAGCUGCAUCAGCUCGAAUCUCGUGCGAAACUGGUGAGAGGUAGUGGAAAGUUUGUCCUUUGUAAUUCUGCUAACAUUUUGCACCGUAGGAAAAGGAAAGUCAGUGGCUGCAAUACUCUUGACAACCGUAUAAGAAUCUAUCUAUUCGAGCGCUGCCGGGUAAUAAGAUCAUUCGUUCUACGAGUGGCAGCUUCAUGAUCAUGUACCAUGGUAAUAAAAAAGUUGUAGUAGAAUCCAAGGAGAACGUAGACGGGAGUUGGGGUAGGGAAUAUUAAGUUCCCCUUGAAGAGUGGGGCUUAGUAGUUACACAUAACAUGUAUACGAGAGAUAAGACUUGUUGGUCCACUCCUCGUAAGUUCUAACUAUGGAGUGUCACUUCAAGACAGCUCUGUGCCUUGGACUUUGCACUGAUACUAGAAGUGAUUACCUCUAUAAUCACUCAAGGUAUUCCUUUUCUCGAAAUUGUCACCUGAUCUUAUGGAUUUUCUGUCGUUAUCAGUGUUUAGAAGAUUGUGAUGGAAGUUUUCUUGACAGUUUCCGUACGGAUUUGAGAACUUGGACAAAGUGAUUGUGACGACUUUGCCCUCUUGAUAUUCUAUACGCGUGAGGUGGCCUAUUGAAAUGAUAUUGACAU